AUGUUCCCGACGGUGCGCGUGUCGUUCGGCGGGUGCCGCGCGGAGGCGCGGUACGCGGUGCUGCUGGACGUGGUGCCGGUGGACGGCAAGCGGUACCGGUACGCGUACCACCGCUCCUCGUGGCUGGUGGCCGGCAAGGCGGACCCGCCCGCGCCCGCGCGCCUCUACCCCCACCCCGACUCGCCCUUCGCCGGCGACCAGCUGCGCAAGCAGGUCGUCUCCUUCGAGAAGGUCAAGCUCACCAACAACGAGAUGGACAAGAACGGACAGAUCGUUCUGAACUCGAUGCAUCGGUACCAGCCGAGGAUACACCUGGUAAAACUCCGGGAAGGCGGCGGUCCUAUAACCGACCUCUCGCGGGAGAAUCACAGGACGUUCGUCUUCCCAGAGACCGUGUUCACGGCGGUCACCGCCUACCAGAAUCAGCUGAUCACCAAGUUGAAGAUAGACUCCAACCCUUUCGCGAAGGGCUUCAGGGACUCGUCGAGGCUCACGGAUUUCGACAGAGAUCCGAUGGAGUUGAUGCUGAUGGAGCAGCAGCUGUUGCGGUCGCCGCUGCGCCUCUACUCGAGCGGUGGCAGCGUGGCAGGGACCGACGAGGAGGCCGAGAAGAGGGCCGCGUGGGCGCGGACGCCGCCGGCGUUGCAGUUGCUGGCACUGGGGGGCAGGGCUUGGCCCGCCGCUUGGCCGCAGCCGCUCGCCCUGCCACCAGACCUGUGGCUCCAGAAGCCGCCGGCGCCCCUGCGAUACUGCCCCUACCCGCCCCCCGCGCACCCCGCCGCCCAACCCCGCCCCGAGCACUCGCCCUCACCGCGGCAUCCGCUG